GGGAAACUGUUCGGGGUCUCGCAGACCCAUCCUUUCACAAGAUGGGUUCAAUGGCAAAAAAUGAGCUGUAUACGACCUCAUUUGCCUUCUUUGAGGCACUUUGGGAGGCGGGCAUCACCCAUGUCUUUGUCAAUCUAGGCUCCGACCACCCUUCAAUCAUGGAGGCAAUGGCCAAGGGUAAAAAGGAACUGGGAGACAAAUUUCCACGAGUCAUCACAUGUCCGAACGAGAUGGUCGCCCUUUCCAUGGCAGACGGCUACGCACGAUACUCCGGAAAACCUCAGUGUGUCAUUGUCCACGUCGACGUCGGUACCCAAGGCCUGGCUGCCGCAGUCCACAAUGCCUCUUGCGGGAGAGCUCCUGUCCUGAUAUUCGCCGGCCUAUCGCCCUAUACCAUCGAAGGCGAGUAUCGAGGUUCGAGAACAGAGUACAUCCACUGGAUCCAAGAUGUCCCAGAUCAAAAGAAGAUUGUGGAGCAAUACUGCAGAUACACCGGAGAAAUUAAAGGCGGAAGAAAUGUCAAACAAAUGGUCAAUCGUGCCCUUCAAUGGGCGACCAGCGAUCCACAAGGACCUGUCUAUUUGUACGGCGCACGCGAACCAAUGGAGGAAGAUAUCGUACCAUACCAUCUGGAUCAGACGCAGUGGCAAAGUGUUGCACCCGCUGCCCUGCCAGUAGACGGUGUCAAGCUCAUUGCCGAUCACCUCCUGGCAGCACAAGAGCCCUUGAUGAUUGUUGGUUACACCGGCCGGAACGCAGAAUCUGUCAAUCUUGCCGUCCAGCUCGCCGACAAGAUUCCAGGCCUCCGAGUUCUGGAUACUGGCGGAUCUGACAUGUGUUUCCCCGCGAAUCACCCAGCUUCCUUGGGCCUUCGCUACAGCUCUGACCCGGCCAUCAAAACCGCAGACUUUAUCCUUGUCGUCGAUUGUGAUGUUCCCUGGAUUCCCACACAGUGCAAGCCUCGUGCUGAUGCCAAGAUCAUCCACGUCGACGUCGACGUCCUGAAACAGCAGAUGCCUGUCUUCUACAUCCCAGCCUUCGCUCGUUUCAAGGCCGACUCCGCGACCGCAUUCUCCCAGAUCAACCAAUAUCUCGAGUCACAGACAGACCUGGCAGCCAGAUUAUCUAGCGACGCAUACAAGACGGCAUCAGAACAGAGGAAAGCGUCGCAUGAAAAACGAUGGGGAGAGUUCAAAGAGCUUGCCAAAAUUCCUUCUGAUCCCAAGAACAGCUCCAUCGACCCUCAUAUUCUUGGAGGACAGAUCCGAAAGUUGGUCCCAGAGGACACAAUUUUCGCUGUCGAGGCAGUCACGCUGUCGUUGUUCAUUAGUGAUCAGAUUGCUGCCAUCCUACCCAAGUCUUGGAUCAACUGUGGAGGCGGCGGUCUUGGCUGGUCUGGUGGUGGUGCGCUAGGAAUCAAACUCGCCACAGACUUCGAGAACAGGAACCCGCAAGCCGGUGACAAAUUCGGAACCGGCAAGGGCAAAUUCGUCACUCAGAUUGUGGGAGAUGGUACCUACCUUUUCUCCGUACCCGGAUCUGUAUACUGGAUUGCCCAAAGAUACAGCAUUCCGGUCCUGACCGUCGUCCUCAACAACAAGGGCUGGAAUGCACCACGGCGGUCGAUGCUUCUUGUUCACCCCGAUGGCGAGGGAAGCAAGGUGGACAACAAGGAACUGAACAUCAGCUUCGACCCAACACCAAACUAUGCCGGCAUUGCCAAAGCAGCAACCGGUGACAAGGCUUGGGCAGGACAGGUGAGCAAUGUUGCCGAGUUGCUCGAGGAAUUACCAAAAGCCAUUGAGGCCGUCCAGAGUGGCAGGUGUGCUAUCUUGGAGGUCAAACUCGGCGUAGAUCUGGCCAAAGAGCGGGCAGCCAAUGUCGAUGAUGUAGCAACGUCGAGUGGAUGAUAGAUUUGCAUUGAACAAAACGAAAUACGCGCCUAGAUACAUAUGUAUACAUAUUGG